AUGGGGGUGGAUGUCGCUGGUGAAACGGUGUGGCUGCACCAGAUGAUCCAGCGCUACCACCAGGAGGCGCGCGCCAAGGGGGUGCUGCUGGUGCAUGCCUGCGCACAGGUCUGCGCCAUCGACGACCUCAACUGCUACCUUCUCGCGCAGCGCCUGGGUCCGCCGGGUGCCGCAGAAGGAACCAGCCGGUAG